AUGCUGUUAAACGGCUUCGUUCUCAUGUUUCUAUCUUCUUGCGUUGCCGAAUCGAAGCUUGGAGCCGUGUCUUCUCCAACAAGUCCACAGUAUGGCAAAUUCUUUAGUGUAGAAGAACUACACCGCGAGUUUGCACUAGCCCCCGAAUCAGCAGAGAAAGUGAAGCUCUGGUUGCAAAAAUCAGGCGCCACGAACAUAAAUCAUGAUGGCAAUCGUGUGCGUUUUACCGCAACUGUAGCGAACGCGAAGACCAUGCUCGACACUGAUUUCAAGUUUUACACGAACGGAGAGCUCAUGCAGUUGAGAACUGAUGCAUACUCCGUUCCUGAUGAUCUUGCUAGCCACAUCGACUUUAUAUCCCCAACAAUAUAUAUUGGCAGGUUGGGCAAAAAACAAGUCACACCCCCAGCCGCAGACCAAAUGCUGCUCCAAGAUCUUGCGAACCCCGGAACGCCAUGCAACCAGUCCUGCGAGACCACAAUUUCGAUCCCUUUACCGGCAAAUAAGAGCGAAAGUUUCGAUGUUCUCAGCCCCAAAUGCCUACAGGAGCUGUACAACACCAAAGACUACAACCCCGAUCCCAAGUACGGCAGCAACAUCGCCUCUGGUAACUUCUUGAAUCAAUCUGCAAGUUACUCGGACCUUGCCCAGUUCGAACAGAUGUUCAAUCUCCCGAGGCAAAACUUCACUGUCCUCGCACUCAUCAAUGGCGGAGUCGACAAUCAAGACCCAGCUUCAGAGACGGACGGCGAGGCAAAUUUGGAUGUCCAGAACAUAGUCUCUAUUGCCUCCGGACUGCCGGUCUAUUCCUAUAUCACCGGAGGUAUUGCGCCUUUCGUUCCGAAUCUGAUGGAACCAAAUCAGUCGUACAAUCAGAACGAACCAUAUCUGGAGUUCUACGAGUAUCUUCUGGCCCAGCCCGAAGACAAAGUUCCGUGGGUGAUAACCAACAGUUAUGCAGACGAUGAAAACACGGUUCCAGAGCGCUAUGCUCGUCGUGUCUGCGCCCAGAUAGGCAUGUUGGGGCUUCGUGGCCGGACCAUUCUGGGAUCCAGUGGCGAUGGUGGCGUAGGCGAAAUCUGUCGCGCGAACGACGGCGACAACCUCAAAGAGGGUACUCCUGAGUUUACGCCAAUGUUCCCGAGCUCUUGUCCGUAUAUCACAUCCGUCGGAGGCACGCAAUCCGUCGGGCCCGAGGUAGCAUGGAACUUCAGUGCUGGUGGAUUUUCCAAUCUCUUUCCGGUCGCCUGGUACCAGCGAGAGGCUGUCGACAGUUAUUUGAACAAUCAAAUCGAUCAACAUGCGAAGGAGUAUUACACCGAGAAUGAUUACGUCAAUUUUUCUGGCCGAGGCUUUCCGGACGUUGCUGCUCACAGCUUCUAUCCAGACUAUGUGACCAUAGUCAGAGGCACCGCAUACCCCAACGGCGGCACGUCGGCGUCCUCGCCGAUUGUAGCCGGCAUCAUUGCUCUGUUGAACGAUGCUCGCUUCCGAGCCAACAGACCAGCCAUGGGCUUCUUGAACCCUUGGCUGUACAGCAGAGAUGUAGUCGAUGCGCUGACAGAUAUCACGAGCGGUGGCUCCCUGGGAUGUCUCGGAUACAAUGUACAGACAAAUGUGCCGGGGACGGAAGGAGCUGUGAUCCCUUUUGCGAGCUUUAAUGCAACUGCUGGUUGGGAUCCGGUCACUGGGCUGGGUACGCUCAACUUUGCUAGAAUGAAAAAGUUGGCUUUAAGAGACUCUGUAUAA